GCUUCCCGCUUGCGGCUGCAACUCUUGAACCUCAAUUGAAACUCUACUAAACACCUCCUGCUGGAUCAGAACCAAGUACUUUUCUAAACGACUAUUCACCCUGUGAGAAGAGAAUCAUUCAAGAUGGGCGCUCCACUGGAUAUCCCCCACUACAAGCUCAAUGACGGCAAUGAGAUCCCGGUUCUUGCUUUUGGUCUGGGAACUGCUCAGUACAAGAACGACCCCAACAGCGGCCUCGAUGCUCAUGUGAUUGACAUCACCACCAAGGCCAUUGGGGUCGGCUAUCGCCAUCUCGACGGUGCCGAAGUUUACGGCAACGAGGAGGAGCUUGGCCAGGCCAUCAAGGCGGGUGGCGUUCCCAGGGAGCAGCUCUAUGUCACCACCAAGAUCCCCGCCGAGAAGAAGGGUUCCGCCAUUGACUCGUUUGACGUCUCCCUUAAGAAGCUCGGCCUUGAGUACGUCGAUUUGUAUCUCAUCCACGGCCCCUGGUUCGCCGAGACCGACGAGGACCUGCAGAAGCGCUGGGCUGAGCUCGAGCAGCUCCAGGCGUCUGGUCGUGUCAAGUCCAUCGGCGUGUCCAACUUCCUGCAGGUGCACCUCGAGGCCAUCCUCAAGACGGCCAAGGUCAAGCCCGCCAUCAACCAGAUCGAGUACCACCCUUAUCUCCAGCACGGUGAUCUCGUUGCCUUCCACAAGAAGCACGGCAUUGCUGUGUCCUCCUACGGUCCCCUUACCCCUCUCGUCACAGCCAAGGGUGGUCCCGUCGACAGUCUUUACACUGAAUUGGCCAAGAAGUAUGAUGUCACAGAGUCUGAGAUUGGUCUCCGAUGGGUGAUCGAUCAAGACAUCAUUGCGCUCACAACGAGCAACAAGGUGGAGAGACUCGAGGGCUACCUGUCCAGGCUUCCCAAGUUCAAGUUGACACCUGAGGAGAUUGCCGAGAUCUCCAGACUGGGAAGCCAAAAGCACUUCCGCGGAUUCUGGAAGAACAAGUUUGAUGAGAACGAUCGAUCCUAAGUUGCUGGAGAUUCACGUUGUAAUGUGUCAUGAUAGAAAUAGCAGUCGAUUGCUAUAAGUGGACACUGAGUCCGCGUAAAGUUGAUUUAUACAAUGACUACUUGAGAGACAUAUCUAUGCAAGGCUUUGUACCUCUC